UAAACCGUAGGCGGAGAUUCGAAUUCGUCAUCCACACAAAUAUCAUUUCCACUCUUAACUCAACCAUGCCGUUUCAGAGGAUAGUUAUCGCUGUCGGCCGGCCGGAGGAAGCCACCCACCCCGCCGCCCUGAAGGCCGCCUUGGCCGAGUUCAUUUCCACUAUUAUCUUCGUUUUCGCAGGCCAAGGUUCCGGUCUCGCUUUCUCUAAGCUCACCCAUAAUUCUCCCACCACCCCUGCUGGCCUAAUCAUCGCCUCCAUAGCUCAUGGAUUUGCCCUUUUCGUCGGCGUUUCCACCGCCGCCAACAUCUCUGGCGGUCACCUUAACCCAGCCGUCACUUUCGGCGCUUUGGUUGGCGGUAACAUUACCAUCCUCCGCGGCAUUCUUUACUGGAUCGCCCAGCUCCUCGGCGCCGUCGUCGCUAACUUGUUGCUCAAGUUCGUCAUCGUCGAUGUGACGAUUUCGGGAUUCUUGCCGUCACCAGGCGUGGGAGUAUGGGAAGCAUUUGUAUUCGAGAUUGUAAUGACAUUCGGCUUAGUCUACACAGUUUACGCCACCGCCGUUGAUCCCAAAAGAGGUGAACUGGGAGUAAUAGCACCCAUCGCCAUCGGAUUAAUUGUGGCGGCCAACAUUUUAGUGGGCGGCCCAUUCACCGGAGCCUCCAUGAACCCAGCUGUGGCCUUCGGACCUGCCGUCGUGUCUUGGUCCUGGGCCGACCAUUGGAUCUACUGGGCUGGUCCACUCAUCGGUGGUGGCUUAGCCGGCCUUGUGUACGAGCUAUUCUUCAUUGGGUUCACCCACGAGCCCCUCCCCGCUGCAGAGUACUGAAGUCUGUUUUGUUGUAGUAAAGUAAUUAACCAUCUCUGUUUCGUGGUUCCAUGUUUCAUCUUGUUCUUCAACUUUCCCAUGUUAUUUUUAAUCUUUGGAAUUAAUUGAACUUUCAUCUAAAAUCCUGCCUCGUCAAA